AUGUCACUCUCCCGCUUCUUGUUCUGGCUAUCCAGAGCCCUUCUGCUCCCAUGUAUUAUAGGCACUUCCUGGUUAUAUCUGUAUCCUUUCUUCCGUGGCUGCGCCUUCCCUGAACCUCCUGAUACCGCUGCGGAUUGCCAUGUUGGGGACUGUAGCAGUGUGUCCAGCUAUGCAGCGGUAGCACCUUUCCGCCUUCUGGCCUUUGGCGAUCCACAACUUGAGGGUGAUACCUCUCUCCCCGAUCGCAAUGGCCGAGCCUUCCCCGCCGCCGGUCGCGUACUGCAAGAAAGAGACGGUUCAAUAGUGGAAGACCUGGACGUUACACUGCGCGCUAUUCGCGCCUUGGCAACCGACGACCUCCCUCGCAUUCUCCAGGCCUACCGCAAACGGCUCGACCUGUUAGGGAACGACUACUACCUUGCGCACAUCUACCGCACGCUUCACUGGUAUACGCAACCUACGCAUGUGGCGGUUCUGGGAGACUUGCUGGGUAGCCAGUGGAUCAGCGACGCGGAGUUUGAUCGGCGCAGCGACAGGUUCUGGAAUAGAGUCUUCAGGGGCGGAGCCAGGGUGCCGGACGAGGUGGCUGCGGGUUCACAAACGGAGGCACUGGGGCACGACAAAGCCUGGAAAAGUCGAAUCAUCAAUAUGGCUGGGAACCAUGAUAUCGGCUACUCUGGCGACCUGGAUGAGUCCCGCAUCGAGCGCUUCGAGCGGGCAUUCGGUCCCGUGAACUGGGAUAUUACGUUCACCCUACCCAGCAACGAGUCUCUACCCGCUGAGCAGCCUUCUGAGCAUCUGACGGAGCUUAGACUGGUAGUGCUGAACUCCAUGAACCUCGACGGCCCCGUGCUCUCCCCCUCCCUCCAAUCCGACACUUACGACUACAUCAACAACCUGAUCUCGUCCUCCCGCCCCGUAGAAGACAGGACCCACUUCACCCUCCUCCUCACCCACAUCCCUCUCCACAAAGAAGAAGGCGUAUGCAUCGACCCACCCUUCUUCUCCCACUUCCCAGUUUACCAGGGCGGAGGCGUCAAAGAGCAGAACCACCUCUCGCCCUCCGCCUCGAAGGGCAUCCUGGAGGGCCUAUUCGGGAUGAGCGGACGGGAGGACGCCCCAGCGAGGGGUAUGGGACGGAAUGGGCUGGUGCUUACGGGACAUGAUCAUGAGGGGUGUGAUGUGCUGCAUUACCAUCUCAGGAACGAGACGGAGAGUUGGCGUGCUGUGAGGUGGGAGGAGGCGAGGAGCAGCGGGUUGGCGGAGCGGAAUUUGCCGGGUGUCAGGGAGGUUACUGUGAGGAGUAUGAUGGGGGAUUUUGGGGGAAAUGCGGCGCUGGUGAGCGUGUGGUGGGAUCAGGGAGUAGGGGAGUGGAGGUCUGCGGUCGAGAUGUGUGGGCUGGGGGUUCAGCAUUGGUGGUGGGCGGUGCAUGUUGUUGACUUAGUCGAGGUGCUGCUUGUUAUGACUGCAGUGCUAGUCAGAUUGGUCGAGAAGAGAUGGUCAGGCACACGCGCGAAAGCGCAGAAGAAAAGGAAGGUACCGCAGCGGUAUAGAAAGAGCCGGGAGAGGCCUGUUAAGAAAGAGUAG